CAAGGGUGGACAGCUCCGAUUGAGUCUCUUCAUUCAGUCAAUUCAGUCUGAGCAUCCCCGAAAAGGGAGAUCAGAAAGUAACCCCAUUUAGACUGUAGAAGAUGUUUCUUUUCCGAAAGCAACUCUCGACUUUGGACUAGAGCAACGAAGGGAUUUGGAAGAGGGUUUCUUUUCAGGGAGGGGAAGAUCCACUUGGGCGACUGGAGGAAGGAGAAGAGGGGGCUUGGCAGGGUUCCUGGCUCUUGUCUCUGCCAUCCCUGGGAGGCUCUGCAAGAAAACCUGGGCAAAACCCCAGACAACCGCUCAACAGGUUGGAGACAGGCGUCACGGAUUUCCACAAGAGGAAACAGAAGAACAAACCUGAGAUAAGCACCAUCGCAGCCAAAAUUCAAGAUGGCAACUCACGGCCAGCUACCAAAUGAUUCCUGUGCAAAUAGCUCGGCUCCCAUUUUCACAGGCCUGGAUCUCCUCUUCGAACUGAAGCCUCUCUUCAUCCCUCUCUAUGCCCUUCUAGUCCUUGUGGCCUGCACUGGCAAUGUUCUCCUUAUUGUUUUGAUUGGUUUCACCAAAAAGUUGCACAGCACCACAAAUUUCCUCAUUGGGAACUUGGCAGCGGCUGACUUAAUCAUGUGCAUUUUCUGUGUCCCCUUGACUGCUUCUUAUGCGUUUGAAAUGCGUGGGUGGCUCUUUGGGACGUUCAUGUGUUACUUUGUCACCCUCAUGCAAGUGGCAACCGUGUUUGUAUCUGUCCUGUCCCUCACAGCAAUCGCUGUGGACCGAUAUGUUGUUGUAGCUUACCCCAUCCGCAAAAGAAUCCAAUGCAGGUCCUGUGUCUAUAUAGUGGCUCUCAUUUGGUUACUCUCCAUCAUGGUCUCCAUACCCACCUCCAUGCACACCCAUUACCUGGAUCUAAACAGCAUUGGUCAUGACAUGAUCAUUUGUGAAGAGUUCUGGAAACACCACAAGAUGGAGAGGCGCUUGUAUUCUUGCCUGAUGCUCCUUUUAUCCUACAUGCUCCCACUGUUGUCUGUGUCCAUUUCUUAUUGUGCCAUUUCUUAUCAUCUCCAGAAGAGAAAAGUCCCAGGAGCUGCAUGCCACAGCCAGGAAAAGUGGGCUAAAAAAAAGCAGAAGACCUUUCGGAUCCUAGUUAUCGCUGUCAUGUGUUUUGCUUUCUGCUGGCUCCCCCUUCAGGUGGUUAACCUGAUCCGAGAUAUUGAUGAGGAAUUUGCCAUCCUUGACAAGAGAUACGUGAAUGUCAUCCAAGUGUCCUGCCAUCUUGUUGCAAUGAGUUCGGCGUGCUUCAAUCCAUUCAUCUACGCUUCCCUCCAUGACAAGUUUCGUUUCCACAUUGGUAACUAUUUUUAUCACAGGAAGAAGUCAAGCAUCACGUCAUGCAAGGUCUCCCGGCUGACCACCUGCUCCACUUUGGCAGAUAGUCCUGGGAUCAUCUCAGAGAAAAUAGCACUUCAAGUUGGGCCCAAGCAUCAUUCAGGGGGACCCAGUACAAAGUUGUAAGUUGCCUACACACAUCCCAUGAAUCAGUUGCAGCCCAUAUGCACAGUUUUCAUGAAUUGUGGGGAAAAUCUUACUAUUUAAUUCUGUAAAACAUACUAUACAUUUCCAAAUGCCUGAUCAAUGGGACUACAGCCAGGGCUGGAGGUGGAAAGGGAUCUCCAGACCCCAACAAAGUAUAUGCUUUCUGUCCCCUAGGAUUGCAUGCUGUUGUGGAUCCUGUGUGGGGAGGAAAGCAAAAUAUAUUUUAAAUAAAUAAAUAAAAUAAAGCUUGAGAAGUUACUUCAUAAAAUUGGGAGGUUUCUUCUUUGGAGGCUUUUAAGCAGAGGCUGGAUGGCCAUCUCUCAGGGGUGCUUUGAAUGUGAUUUUCCUGCUUCUUGGCAGGGAGUUGGACUGGAUGGCCCAUGAGGUCUCUUCCAACUCUAUGAUUCUAUGAAAAGUGAUUACCUUUGUAACUCAUUACACAGUCCCAACAAAACUGUAUUACUUCGUCAUUUUAUUUGUCGUAUUCCUAAUUACAUGUAAAUUUUAAAAGUUAAGAUGUCUUGAACCAAGUAUAAUGACGAGAACAGCAUCAAACAUUUAACAUUCUACAUAAACAUCUGUAAAAAUGUCUUAAAAUGUGUCUGAGAGGUAAUUUUGAAAAAUAACUAGAAAUUGUUCCUCUUCUUUUUGUCUUGUUUCCAUACAUUAUAUCAGGGGUCCUCAAACUAUGGCCCGGGCACCGGAUACGGCCCUCCAAGGUCAUUUACCCGGCCCUGAAAUGACUUGAAAGCACACAACAAUAAUAACAAUCCUAUCUCAUCAGCCAAAAGCAGGCCCACACUUCCCAUUGAAAUACUAAAAAGUUUAUAUUUGUUUAAAUUGUUCUUCAUUUGAAUUAUUGUAUUGUUUUUAAAUGUCUUUUACACUACAAAUAAGGUAUGUGCCGUGUGCAUAGGAAUUCAUCCAUGCUUUUUUCAAAUUAUAAUCCGGCCCUCCAACAGUUUGAGGGACUGUGACCUGGCUUCCUGUUUAAAAAGUUUGAGGACCCCUGCAUUAUAUGAUACCUUUGAAAUAUAACUUCAUCACGGUCUCAUUAUAAAAAAGUACUGUAUAUAAAACAUUAAUUUGGUGCAGGUAGGUAUUUUUCUCAUGCUGAGCAUAUUUUUCCUGAGCUUUUAUUUUGUGUGAAAUAAAUUUUGCAACCUGCAUAGCUAAAUUAUUCUUGACAAAUAAAAUCUUGUAAAAUAAAGACGUAUUUCUUUGAAAGUAUUAUAACAAAGGUGUGGCAACAGAUGGCAUUUUGGGAUGAACUAAGCACAUUCAGCAAAUCUGAGAAAUUAGUUGGUCCAUAUCAGGCAUGUUGGAGCAUAUAAGAAAUUGGUUAAUGUGUGUGCGUCAACUGUAGAAUAAGAUGCAUGAAGCUAACAUUUUUCAGGCUUGACCUAUGCAGAUGUUUGCAGAGAAACAGAGAGAAGCAGAUAGAGACACAGUUUGGAGUGUGCUUUUGCUUUAUCAGUUGCCGAAGGUGUUUCUCCACAAAGACAAAGAAAGACCAUUUUAAAUCUCUUAUAAAAGGACAUUAUGUUAGUCGAUGCAACUGAUUACAUGAUUGUAAAUAUGUU